AUGGGACCCGCAAAGAAGAAGCAAAGAUUGUCAAAUGGAGCUGCUGCUGCUGUAGAUUCUGCUCCAGAGGAUCGCGCAGAACAACUUCUCCCCACAAAGGAGAACCUAACCACCGCAGCAGUCGAUGCACCAGCGGACGAAAAAGAAGCCGCCGUUCAACAACGACGAUCGCUGUUCGUGCGCCAGCUGCCUUCGAAUACAACGUCCGAAUCCUUGACCGAGCUCUUCUCCGAAACGUUCCCCGUCAAGCAUGCAACCGCAGUCACCGAUCCAGCAACGAAAGAAUGCCGUGGAUAUGGAUUCGUCACAUUCGCCGACGCCGAGGACGCAGCUCAGGCCAAAUCGCAGUUUCAUGGCCAUAUCAUUGAUGGCAAGAAGCUCCGAGUCGAGAUCGCAGAGCCGAGAAAGCGCGUGGCUGAUGCCGACGGUGAGAUGCCGAAAAAGGUGGAACACAAUGCGUCAAAGAAGCCGGACGAACCAGUUCAGCCGACGAAAUUGAUUGUUCGCAACUUACCAUGGUCCAUCAAGCGCGGAGAUCAGUUGGAGAAAUUAUUCCUGAGUUUUGGAAAGGUGAAGAAAGCUUACAUCCCAAAGAAAGGACCUGGCUUGAUGGCGGGUUUCGGAUUCGUCCUAAUGAGAGGCAAGAAGAACGCUGAGAAGGCUAUCGAGGGUGUGAAUGGAAAAGAGAUCGACGGCCGGACUUUGGCAGUGGAUUGGGCGGUGGAAAAGGAUACCUAUGAGGACCUCGUGAAAGGUGAAAAAGCAGAAGAGGAGGUCAGCAACGAGGAAGACAUCGAUAUUGAUGCUGCAGAGGAAGAGAUGAUCGACAACGACGAGGAGAUUGAAUCCGACGACGCCAGCAGUGAUGGUGGAGCCGAACUCGAUUCUGAAGGCGACGAGGACGAGGAUGAGAGCAAUCUACGCAAACCCGACGAUCGAUCAUCGACACUUUUUAUCCGCAACUUGCCUUUUACAUGUACGGACGAGGAUCUUGAGGACCACUUCGCGCAAUUUGGAAACACACGAUACGCCAGGGUGGUAAUGGAUUACGGGACGGAGCGCUCCAAAGGCACUGGCUUUGUAUGCUUCUACAACAAGGACGAUGCCGAUGCCUGCGUUCGUGAAGCGCCUGCGAGGCAGCUUCCUCAGGCGCAAGAAAAAGGCAAAGACGGCAAGCCUGUGCUGAACCCGCACUCCAUCCUGCAAAACGACGAUGCCGAUCCUACUGGUCGCUACACCUUGGAUGGACGCGUACUCCAGGUCACUAAAGCCGUGGAAAAAUCGGAGGCCAACCGCUUGACUGAGGAGGGCACGGUACAUCGGAACAAGCGAGACAUGGACAAGCGCCGGCUUUACCUCCUCUCCGAAGGUACCAUUCCAUCCAAUUCGAAGCUCUACGAGAAGCUAUCCCCAUCCGAGAAGGCUAUGAGGGAGGGUAGCGCCAAGCAGCGGAAGACCCUGAUCGAAAGCAACCCGUCACUCCACCUCAGUUUGACGCGCCUGUCUGUGCGCAACAUCCCACGCAGUAUUGGUUCGAAAGAGUUGAAAGCAUUGGCGCGUGAUGCCGUUGUCGGAUUCGCUUCCGACGUCAAAGCUGGAUCGCGGCAAAGGCUCUCGAAAGAGGAGCUGUCUCGCGGGGGAGAGGAGAUGCGCGAAGCGGAGCUAGCUCGCAAGAAGUCGGGCAAGGGUAUCGUGCGGCAAGCCAAGGUUGUGUUCGAGUCUGCAGGAGGCACCAAGGUCAGCGAGGAAGCCGGUGCCGGCAGGAGUCGGGGAUACGGUUUCAUCGAGUACUACACUCAUCGCAAUGCUUUGAUGGGCUUGCGAUGGUUGAACGGGCAUGCGGUCGGGUACCAGGUUCAGGAAGCGAAGGGCAAGCAGAGCCGCGAGGACGUUUCUGACCGAAAGAAGAGACUGAUAGUGGAGUUCGCCAUUGAAAAUGCACAAGUGGUACUGCGCCGGAAGGAAGGCGAGCAGAAGGCUAGGGCACGUAGCCUUGCUGGUGGCCAGGGCGGGAAAGCGCCGAAUUGGAAGGAUGCGAAGGGCAAGCCGGGUUCGCGGAAACGCAAGAGGGAGGAUGCUGUACCUUCGCCAACAUCGGCGACCUCGCGGUCUGAGAAAUCGAGAACGGAGUCGAAGCAGCCGGCCGAUGAGAAGCUCGCCCGACGAAACCAAAUUAUUGGACGGAAGCGCGCGAUGCGAAAGAAUCGCAAGGGUGGAAAGUAA